AUGGUCGACCCGCUCGACCGUCUCGACGCCUCCUUGCAGGAUUUCGAGCCCCCUCCAAGUCCCACGAGCAUGCGCCACUCGUCGGCCCUCCCCAGCGAGCCCCCAAUGGAGGAUCUCGACGACUCGGAUACAGGUUCCGUCGGUGGGUACUCGCCGCCGGCGUGGCGGAACCUCGGCAACGGAGACCGGAGCCGCGGCUUCUGGAAUCCUCAGCAGCAUCACUAUAGGCCCCUUUCGCCAGAGACCGACGACGGCCCCAGCGAAGAUGACGUGGUCCUCGAGCAGGCCAUCCGCACUCGGCUGCCACAGGGGAGCUUGAGCCCGGACAAGGGCCGGAGCCCCAGUCCUGACAGAGUUGGGGACACAACCCUCAGGGCCGACCGCAAGACCUCGGCUGCCGAGAUGUCCAGGCCCGCCGCGCGCGCAGCGUCGCCACCGGACAAUUACAUCCGCUUCGCCGUCCGCGCCGAAAUCCUCCAGCGCACGCGACCCAUCGAGGCCGCCAUCAUGUUCCUCCAGAAGCACUACCGCGCUCUCACCUCGAGCUGGACCACGGUCCUCACCAGCUUCCUCGUCGCCAUCAUCUCCAUUUCCACCGCAAAGAUGCUCGCCAAGCCCGCGCAGCCCCGACCCGUCGGUGACUUGGUCAAGGUCGCCGGCCUCGCGCGCUCCUUUGAGCCGCUCAUUUACUUUUCCGAACCCGCCGUUGCGCAUGUCCGCGACCUGCAGUCGACCAGCAUCGCCAUCUGGGACCUCGGCGAGUCAGUCAGAAUCAGCGGCAUGGCCGACGCCAACACCAUUGUGCAGAGCCUCGAUGCCAUCAGCGAGACGAUGAAGAAGCUGGUCCUGGACCUGACCAGGUUCCACACCCACGUCGACGGUGACAUUGAUGCUAUCCUCAAUGUCAUGGACUGGGCCAAGAUGCAUCUCUACCGUCUCAACACCCGCCCGCCCCCCUCCCACCUCUCCCACGCCUACGACAACAUGCACAACCUCCUCUCCGACGCCCAGAUCCUUGAAGACGCCUCUGGCGAGCCCACGCGCCUCGGCCGCCUCACCACGGCCGUCUUCGGCAUGAGCAACCCGCAGCGCGAGCAGCGCAUGGUGCAGCGCCUCUUCACCGCCUUUAUAUCCACCCUCGAGGAGGCCAUUCAGGACGAGCUCGAGCACAGCGUCAGCCUGUUUGCGCUCUUCGACGACAUCGACGACCACUUCCUCAAGCUGGCGAGGCAUGUCGCGCAUGAGUCGUCGACGCAGGAGGAGUUCCACGUGGAGCUGCUGUCGGGCCUCUGGGCGCGCAUCCUGGGCCCGCGCGCGGCCGAGCUGCGCAAGUUUGAGCGCAACAAGGCGCUGCUGCACGACGUCCGGCACAAGACGGUGCGCAACAAGGGCAACCUCGUCAGCCACCACGGCAAGCUCCUCACCCUCAGAUCGUCGCUCGAGUCCCUCCGCGGCAAGCUCGCUUCCCACCUGGUGCGCGGCCUCAACUCGAGCACCCUCACCCUCGAGGACCAGAUCCGCGGCAUCGCCGGCGUGCGCGACUACCUCUCCGACAUUCGCCGCCAGCAAAAGAGCAAGGUCAUGGAAACGCUCUACUCCAUCGACCGCACGAAAAAGUACGAUAUUGCCCCGGAAAUCGGCCACAUUGGUGCCAACGCCAUCGAUGACGGCGGCCUAUAA